CCCGAGAUCUGGAACGACUACAAGCUGAAGUGGAACCCCUCUGACUACGAUGGAACAGAGUUCAUGCGUGUCCCAGCUCAGAAGAUCUGGAAGCCAGACAUUAUGCUGUAUAACAAUGCCGUCGGGGAUUUCCAGGUGGAUGACAAGACCAAAGCCUUGCUCAAGUACACGGGGGAGGUGACCUGGAUCCCCCCGGCCAUCUUUAAGAGCUCGUGCAAAAUCGACGUGACCUACUUCCCGUUUGAUUACCAGAACUGCACCAUGAAGUUCGGUUCCUGGUCCUACGACAAGGCGAAGAUCGACCUGGUCCUGAUCAGCUCGUCCAUGAACCUCAAGGACUACUGGGAGAGCGGAGAGUGGGCCAUCAUCAACGCCCCGGGCUACAAGCACGACAUCAAGUACAACUGCUGUGAGGAGAUUUACCCCGACAUCACGUACUCGCUGUACAUCCGGCGCCUGCCCCUCUUCUACACCAUCAACCUCAUCAUCCCCUGCCUCCUCAUCUCCUUCCUCACUGUGCUCGUCUUCUACCUGCCCUCUGACUGUGGAGAGAAGGUGACCCUCUGCAUCUCCGUCCUCCUCUCCUUGACCGUGUUCCUCCUGGUGAUCACCGAGACCAUCCCCUCCACCUCACUGGUCAUCCCUCUGAUCGGAGAGUACCUCCUCUUCACCAUGAUCUUCGUCACCUUGUCCAUCGUCAUCACCGUCUUCGUGCUCAACGUGCACUACAGAACCCCGACCACACACACGAUGCCUGCGUGGGUGAAGACCGUGUUCUUGAACUUGCUCCCCAGGGUCAUGUUCAUGACCCGGCCGGCAAGCAACGAGGAGAACGCCCCAAAGCCACGGCCCUUCUACGGAGCUGAGCUCUCAAAUCUGAAUUGCUUCAACCGCACUGAGUCCAAAGGCUGCAAGGAAGGCUACCCCUGCCAGGAUGGGAUGUGUGGUUACUGCCACCACCGCAGGAUAAAAAUCUCUAAUUUCAGCGCCAACCUCACGAGAAGCUCCAGUUCUGAAUCUGUCGAUGCUAUGCUAUCCCUCUCUGCUCUGUCACCAGAAAUCAAAGAAGCAAUCCAAAGUGUCAAGUAUAUUGCUGAAAAUAUGAAAGCACAAAAUGAAGCCAAAGAGAUUCAAGACGAUUGGAAGUAUGUUGCCAUGGUGAUCGAUCGCAUUUUCCUGUGGGUUUUCAUCCUGGUGUGCAUUUUAGGGACAGCAGGGUUGUUUCUGCAACCCUUGAUGGCCAGGGAUGACCCAUAAGCACGAAACUGUGUGCUUGUCCCAGGGGCUCACUUGUGUGGGGAGGGAGAAAGGCUGCUUCUUAAUAGCAACAACCACUUUUGGUUAUCAAGCUACUCGCUUGGUUUUUGGCAUUUCAAGGUUUGUUUUCCAGUUGUCCUGAUUUUUGUCAACAACAACAAAAAAAUCAUGCAAGAAAAAUAUUGAGUAUUUACUAUAGCUAAGCGUUUGACUAGCUUUUGUGGCAAAGAAAUGUCAAAAUAUAAUUCUUGUACAUGGAUACAUCAUAUGCUGUGCUAUGGACCAUGUAAAAAUGCUCUUUUUAAGUUAUUAAGACAUAAUAACUGGAUAGAAAAGUCCUUUUCAGAAAUAUGAAAAGCCAUUCCGUUCAGUAUCGCUGCAGAUCUCCCUGUGGUUUUUCUUUUUAGCUCAUAAUCUCCUUGGAGUUUUACACUAUUUCGGCAAUACCCCAUUGCUGUCAUUUCCCACCAAUUUCUUACUCUCAAAUGUUUCUCAAGAGUCUAAGGGCCAUGACUCCCUCUCAGAGGGUUUCAACUACUUUUCUUGCAUAAUCUUAAUAAAUUAUGCCAUGAGAAAUGCUGCCAGUUACUCAUUCGUUGUUAGGAAAUUGUCUCAGUACACCAUAAGCUGAAUGGCUUAGAAACAACAGAAAUUUAUUUCUCAGUUUUGAAGGCUGGGAGAUGUGAUGAGAGUUCUAGCUGUGUCCUCACAUGGCUCAAAGGGCUGGCUAGCUCUUUCGGAUCUAACCCUUCAUGAGGGAAGAGCACUCCUGCCUGGCCUAAUCACCUCGAAAAGCCCCACCUUCCAGUGCUGUCACACUGAGGAUUAGGUUUCAGCAUAUGAAUUUGGGACGGACAUGAACAUUCAGAUCAUAGCAUGAACCUUUAGAACAGGGCUUCUCAACCUCAACAUGACUGACAUCUUGGGCUGGAUAAGCAUGUGUUGGGAUGAAGAAGGGCCGUCCCACCCAUUGUGGGGUUUUGAGCAGCAUGCUGGCCUCCACCCUUGAGAUGCCAAUGACACACCCCCCUUCCUCGCCAGCUGUGACUACUCAAAAUAUUUCCAGUUUCUAGACACUGUUAAAUGUCCCCUUGGGGGCAAAAUUGCCCUUGGUCGAGAAACGUUGCUUUAGAUAAAUUAUGAAGAAGGAGUGUCACGGACUACACUGCUAGAUCUGAAUAACCUCCGACAGAGAUGAUUCACAGAGACCACUGGAAUCUUCUCACUAAUCGUGUUUUUCCUAUGCAGAAAAUAAAACGGACAAAAUUACAGCCCA